CGCAACUCGGGCCGACGGGCGAGCAACCGACCAACCAAAAGCCGCAGCAGCCCGCCGCGUCUCUUGGGGCCGCUUGCGUGCGUCUCAUCUGCGGCUACAUGAGGAGCUAAACGCGCAAGAACCAGCGCGGGCUCUUGUUUCGAGGGGGGUGGAUUUGCCCACAACACGACGGAGCCAUGGACCGCGUGAAGAAACCAAGUCUUCGUCUUCUUCUGCACGUCGCCGUUCUUUUAUUCUGCAGCCACUGCCACAAUCUUCCGGGUAGUUUUCCGGAGGAUCGCCCAGAUCAGCAGCGUCCUCGUCACUCCGACUCACAAGAAGACAGUCGAUUUUCCUCCUGUGAUUUCGAGUCGCCGUGCCUCUGGACUUUAUCAAAUGACAGCCAGCAAACGGAAUGGCUGGUGGCAUCCGCGCGCCAAACGCGGCGAGCGGGUCGGAUGCCUGAGGCGGACCACUCGGAGGGGAGCGCUGAUGGUCACUUUCUUCUCUUAAGCCCCCCCACUGGCACCGAGGCUUCUAGGAGAUGCGAGUAUCUGUUAACGAGCCCGAUCGUGCCCAGAAGCGAGCAUGGGUGUGUUUUGCGUCUGGCCCUGUACGAGACGCUGCCGUCGGCAGGGAACCUCACAGUCCGCAUCGAGCCGCUUCACUCCGGUUCCUUUGUUGAUGCCGUCGUGCUCAAGCCUGAGAGAAGAGAUCAGGAAAGGACGGAGUGGGAAGCUGUGGAGACUGGAAUAGGCCCAGUGGACGGGCCAUUCCAGGUAACUUUGCGCUACAUCGGAUGCGUGCAGGACGGAUCCACCGUGGCUCUCGACUCGCUGCACUUCGUAAAUUGCGAAGCCGACAAAGAGGACGAAGUCAUCCCGCCAAAAGUGGACUGUGGCGAUAAUUUCUACUGCGAACACUCUGAAUAUUGCAUCGAGAGGGAACACUUGUGCGAUUUCCACACAGACUGCCCUUUAGGAGAGGACGAGGGCUUCAUUUGUGGUUCGAUGCCGCUUGGUUCACACUGCUCAUUCGAGCAGGAUGCUUGCGGUUGGUCCCUUUCGAACCAGCAAUCGUCUUGGAAGAGGGUGGCCGGCGAUGACCUGCUGCAGAGAGAAGACAUGCAGGGCCUCACGCUGAGCAGUACGCACGGAUAUUUCUUGUUUCUGGAGAUCAGAGAGACGCAUACCCUCCAAGAGGCAUUUGUUCAGAGCCCAUUUUUCCAUCCUCCUGUCGCCAAUAAUACAUGCCAGAUGCGUUUUUCUUUUUACCUGUUUGGCUCCUUCAAUGGCUCCUUGUCAGUGGUAAUAGAAGAGAACGGGACCUCUGCGGCAUCGCAGAUCUGGGAGGGGCACGGUCGGUGGAAGGAUGACUGGGAGCAUGUAGUCCUGCAGCUGACUGACCUUCAUCAUGGGUUCCGCAUUAAGGUGACAGCUGUUUGGCUCCAGGGCUCCGACGCCGAUGUAGCCCUGGAUAACAUCGCAAUGGCUGCAACCUGCUUCGACACAGAUCUCAGCUCACUCGUGCCGAUGGCUGACCUGAGGGAUUUCUUUAGCCCCGUCGCUGAGCCUUCACUUUCAGAAGCGUCUCUGAUGAUGUGGUUCUUCAACCCGUGCGGCGCCAGCGGUCCUCACGGGCCGACCCAGGCCCAGUGCGACAGCACGUACAGGAACAAAAAUGUCAACGUGACAGUGGGAAAGGAAGGACCUUUGAAGGGGGUCCAAAUGUGGAGGGUCCCCGCCACCAACAGAUACCUGAUUUCAGCUUAUGGAGCCGCAGGAGGGAAAGGGGCCAAAAACCACAUCAAGCGCAACCACGGCAUCUUCAUAUCGGCUGUGUUUCCUCUGGAGAAAGGAGAAUUGCUUUACAUCUUGGUCGGCCAUCAAGGAGAGGACGCAUGCCCGGGGGUGAGCGUGGCGACCAAGACAGGGGGACCUGGAUUCAAAUCGUGGAUUCACAGUUUUGAUUGUGCUCCUCAUCUUUUUAUGCAGAGAAAUUUGCAAACCCAGAAGAUCUGCCUGGGGGAGUCGUUUGUGAUCGACGAGAGACGCGAGGCUGGCACGGAGUGGUCCGGAGGGGGAGGCGGAGGGGGAGGAGCUACCUUCGUCUUUAAGAUGGACGGCGACAAGAUGGUUCCCUUGCUGAUUGCGGCCGGCGGAGGAGGAAACGCUUACAUGGAAGACCUUGAGUCCAGUUUGGAUCAGGUACCGCUGGAGCAGUUUGAGAACAGCACCACAGCACCCGGCACCAACGGCCAGACUGGUGCUGCAGGUGGAGGCGGAGGCUGGAAAGAUGCUCCUACGGCUAACCUGGUGGCCGGCAGGUCCCUGGCGGAGGGUGCCGACGGAGGUGCGGCGUGCCUUUUGUCCCAGUCCAAACUGGGUUGGUCCACCAACGGGGGGUUCGGAGGUGGAGGUGGCGCCUGCACGGCUGGAGGAGGCGGAGGUGGCUACAGAGGCGGUGACGCUGUGCUUACCGAUGACAUGAAAGCCGACGGUCGUGAUGGGAUCUCCUUCAUUAAUCCAAAUGGGGAGAUGUACCUCCAGCCUCUGGCAGUCAUGGAGAGUCAUGGAGAGUGUGAAAUCGAAGUGGUCCAGAACUGCAGCCACUGUCAGUCCCAGAGCUGCAAGCAGGAUGAAGUCACACACCUCAUCCUCUGCCUGUGCCACAACGACAAGGUUCUGGCCAGCGACAACGUCACCUGCGUUGAUACAGUAGCUCCUGCGGUCCCACCUCCUCCGGACCAGAUGUCGACCACGCUGGUCCUGGCCGUGGUCACCUCCACCGUCGUCAGCGGCGUGGCGUUGAUCUGCGUCGGCAUCAUCCUCAUGUGGCAUCGCUGGAAAAACGAUCUACAAGCGGUGAGGGGCCGCCUGCACAUCCCCGAGUAUAAACUGAGUAAGAUCCGCUCCUCCACCAUCAUGACGGACUACAACCCCAACUACUGCUUCGCCGGGAAGGCCUCGGCGCUCAGUGAGCUGAAGGAAGUACCGCGCAAAAACAUCACACUGUUCAGAGCUCUGGGCCACGGCGCAUUCGGCGAGGUGUACGAGGGUCAGGUCCUCGGGAUGAACGCCGAUAAUGGCCCCAUGCAAGUGGCCAUAAAGACUCUUCCGGAAAUCUGCUCAGAGCAGGAUGAAAUGGAUUUCCUCAUGGAGGCGCUGAUUAUGAGCAAGUUCAACCACGAGAACAUCGUACGCUGCAUCGGCGUCAGUCUCAACAUCCUACCACGCUUCAUCCUGCUGGAACUCAUGACCGGCGGCGACAUGAAGAGCUUCCUGCGGCAGAACAGGCCUCGACGCGGCCAGCCUCCUUCUCUCAGCAUGCACGAGUUGCUGCAGAUGGCCAGAGAUAUCGCCCAUGGUUGCCGCUACUUGGAGGAGAAUCACUUCAUACACAGAGAUAUUGCUGCUCGAAAUUGCCUUCUUACGUGUCCUGGACUGGAACGGGUAGCCAAGAUCGGAGACUUUGGUAUGGCCAGAGAUAUUUACAGAGCCAGCUACUACAGGAAAGGUGGUCGUGCCAUGCUGCCGGUCAAGUGGAUGCCACCUGAGGCUUUCAUGGAGGGAAUCUUCACCUGCAAGACGGAUACAUGGUCGUUUGGAAUACUGCUAUGGGAGAUCCUCUCUUUGGGCUACAUGCCAUACCCAUGCAAGACCAACCAGGAGGUGCUGGAGUUCGUCACCAGUGGAGGGAGGAUGGACCCCCCAGAGGGUUGCCCCGGCCCAGUCUAUCGGAUCAUGACGCAGUGUUGGCAGCAUUGUCCUGAGUACCGACCCAACUUCUCCACGAUACUUGAGAGGAUCAACUACUGCACUCAGGACCCGGACGUCAUCAACACACCCCUACCUGUCGAGUAUCGGCCCACAGCGGACGACGAUAGCGCCGGAGCGAUCAGCUCGUCUGACCACAGGCCCACCAGUUUCGCCCCUCUCCCCGUCUCCUUGGACUCGUCCUCCCCCUUGAGCCCGGCGCCCCCGGCGUUUCUCCCACAGCCCGCGAAGCCUCAUCUUCUCCUUGAAAAAGGCCCGCCUGUCAAGCACGAGGCGACGUCUUGCCGCGAGUCGGUACCGGAGUCCUCCCGGGCCGAGGCGGUCCCGGCGGGCCCCCUGUGCGCGAAGGGCUUCUGGGUGCAUCCCGAGCCUCCUUUGCACCAACCUUGCUCCAGAAAGGGCUCAUGCUCGGGAAGCCAACAGCUGAAGAACAAAACCAAGAAUUUAUGGAAUCCGACGUAUGGCUCCUGGAUCUUGGAAAGCUUCAAGGGCAAGAAGACCCUGACUCACACUCGGUCCGUGCCCCUCUCGGGUUCUCCUUCCCCUUCGUGCAAGGCGGCCGCCUCAGAGUGCAACCGGGCGGGUUGUGAAAACUCCAACUGCUCCCACCUGAAACCACCCAGCCUCACCACGUCCGCGUCGCCAUCUUACCAGGGUCAAGCCGCACUGAGCGUGUCCCACACGAAGGGCCAAAGCGGCGGCCCCCCCUCGAAGGCGGGCAUUGACCUGGCGAAGCUGCAGAGUUUUCCCUGUGGAAACGUCAACUACGCCUACGAUGAGCAAAACUACGAGGGAGAGAGCUUGCCCUUGGUGGUCCAGGCCAAAGCCCCCGAAGCCAUCAAAAACACCAGCUCCGCUCCCAGCAUGUCCUCGGGGACUGGACUGGGGCUGGCACUGGGCCUGCACACGUCCUCUUCCUCCUCUUCAUCCUCGUCUUUCAUACCCAAGCUGCUGCUCAAGCGCCACGCUAGCUACGGGCACGAGGACGUGAGGAGGCACGCCAAAGCUGAGAAGCCCACGCGAGACCGAGACUCCGGCUUCUCUUUGUCCGAGGACUUGAGCGUCACCCCGACCUGAGGACUAAACCUCUCAGCUUUUAGAGAGAGUCAACAGAGCAAGUUUUUCUGAUGUGGAAAAAAAAAUUAGACCAUGAUAAAUGAUUACAAAAUAUCCAUCCAUUUUCAUUGCCGCUUAUCCUCACGAGAGUCGCAGGGAGUGCCGGAGCCUAUCCCAGCUGUCAAUGGCCAGGAGGCGGGGGAACACACUGAACUGAUUGCCAGCCAAUCGCAGGGAACACACAAACAGACAACCACACGCACUCACAAUCACACCUAGGGGCAAUUUAGAGUGUCCAAUUAAUGUUGCAUGUUUUUGGGAUCUGGGAGAAAACCCAGGCACGGGGAAAACAUGCAAACUCCACACAGGCGGGGCCGGGAUCGAACCCGGGUCCUCAGAACUGUGAGGCAAACCCUUUACCAGCUGAGCCAGCGUGCCGCCGAUUACAAAACAUUUUUUUUCCAAAUAACUUGACCCAUUACUUGUAUCACAUCAGUUGUGUACAUUGAACCCCUGCAUACUUGCUGUUCAGUAUUUGUGAAUUCACCUACUUGCAGAUAUUUUCAUUUCGUUAUUUGCUCAAAAAGUUACAUAUUACAGAUACUGUUUUUCUCGAUAAUUGCUCUGGCCUGAGCACAAAAACUGAGAAAAGAGGAGCCAUCAGCCGGCAAGUAAGUAUUAGAAGUGAGUUGAGGAGUUCUAUUUAUAACUAAGUAGUACUUUGUCGCCAUCUUGCGGCAUAUAUAGGCAAGUGCAACAAUUUUAAGGGCAGGGACUCAUUUUGGCAGGGCUGUGCAGCUGAAAAUGAGAUGAUAAUUGAGAUUUGGCCAUCAUAAUUUAAAAAAACAACAACUUUGUGCCAGAACAGUGCCCUUGUGGUGAGGAUGUCUGCCUCACAGUUCUGAGGCGCAACCCUGAACAGUAUAAGCCUGCGGUCACAGGUCAUUUAGUCCCAGGCCGCACAGCAUUUUUUUUUUUUUUUUUGCACCGGAGGGGGCAGCACGGUGGAUCGGCUGGUAAAGUGUUGGUCUCACAGUCCUGAGGUCCUGGGUUCAAUCCGGCCCCGUCUGUGUGGUGUUUGCAUGUUCUCCCCAUGCCUGCGUGGGUUUUCUCCGGGCACUCCAGUUUCCUCCCACAUCCCAAAAAACACGCAACAUUAAUUGGACACUCUAAAUUGCCCCUAGGUCUGAUAGUGAGUGUGGCUGUUUGUCUCUAUGUCUCUAAGGCUCCAGCAUCCCCCGCGGCUCUUGUGAGGAUAAGCGGCUAAGAAAAUGGAUGGAUGGAUGCACAGUAGGGUCUGUGGCAAAAAACGUUUGGGCACCACUUGGCCAAUUAGCAUAGAAAAUGGAUGGAUGCGUUGCGUAGUUAAUAAUUGAAAAUAUUUAGAAAUUAUUUACAGUCGUAACUUUUUUUUUCCUUUUCUUUUUACAUCAUAGAAAGCUGCUUUGUUGACAGGUAUGCGCCGACUCCACUGAGCCGGCGAGGUUUGAACUCAUGUAGUGGUUCUGAUGAUUACAAUGCUGGAAGGAUGCUGUCAUACAGUCCUUGCACUGUGAUUCAGAGAGCUGGACUCUUUCCUGCUGGAACCUUUUUAUUUGUUUUUUUUGUUUUUUUUUGUUCUUUUUAACAUCUUCUAUUUGGCUGCUUCGUUAUGCAGUAGUGCAAAUCUGCAUGCCAUUUUUUUUUUUUUAAAUAGAAUAGUUCUGAUGUGCAACCGGGCAAUUUGAUAUGCUUCUGUUGUUUGUUUUAAGAUGGCUGUUUGUUGAAAAUGCAGUUGGACAGAAUAACUCAUGAGAGGGGACCUACAGAAAAAAAAAAUGGUGAAAAAGCAACAAAAAAAAAAAUCCAGUAAUAGUAUGACAACAAUAAGGAAGCUGAAAUCGCUCCGUUGGAAGAGAGUUGGACUGAAGACAAAAAGAAGGAUACAUUGGAGUUGACCUCAUGUGCUUCUCAUUCCAAUCACAAUGUCUACAAAAUGCUGAAAUAUUUUCCACUUUUUUUUUUUUUGUCUUCUGGAAACUUUGGCACUUCCAUCCGUGACCAAUCGUUUGGAUGUCAUAGCGCUCAACGUCCAGUCGAAGGAUCUCCAACCAUUUUGUUUUUUAAUCCACGAAAAGUGAUUCAAGAUUCGAGGCUCACUUUUUGAGUCUCUUUCUGUGGAAAUAAUGUGAAAAACUGCCAACUUCAGAACUACUGAAACGUAUUUUUUCUAUAUAUACUAAGCUGAAUUUGAACGAAAGAAGCACAAACAGUCGCAUUUCCUGCAUUGUUGUCAUGGCAAUGACUAUAUUACAAUGACGUAGCAGUUUGUAGAGCACGUAUAGCUCUUUCCUUGCUGGAUUUUUAGAGUGUAAAUCAAGUUUAUUGCGGGUGUAUGUGAGGUACGCUCACACCACGAAUUUUGACUCAUUAUGGAGAACUUGCUAACUCAAACUUGAAAGUUGGUAUAUUUGUAGGUUAAAGUACUACUGCUUUUGUUGUGUAAAUUUCUUUAAAACUGAUAGUUAAAAUUGUUCUCCAUUUUUUCCCUCAAUUAAUUUACAUUUACAAAAAUUAUCAAUUAAAUUUAAAAAUGUGAAAAUAUAUAUUUUGCUGCAAAAAGCUAUUUUAUAUCUUACAUGCACAUCACAAUGACCAGGCCCAUCUGGAUGUUUUGAAAGUCAAAUGUGGCCCUUUAGCACAAGUUUGCCUACCUGUCUGUGGUUUUACUUCAUCUUUCUCACGUUUUUAUGGCUUUCAAAUUAAAUUUUAGGGUUAGGGUUAGGCUAACCCUUUUAACUUUUUUUUUUUGCGAGCUUUAGAAGGGACAUGUUCGCAUCAACCUGACUUACUGGACAAAGCCAGAUGAGCUUCUUUUUAAGUUCUUGAGCUUAGCUAAGCUAAGUUAGCUAACCUAAGAUAAUAGUUGCAAAGGACUAAACCCAAUAUUUUGAAAUAUGCCUUUCUAGCGAGAAAUAAAUGUUUGACAAAAUUCUGACUUGAAGGAAAGAUGUUUUGUGCUUUAAAAUUUUUUUUAAACAUUUCAUAGAGCAUGUAGCUAAUGACCUGUUUUAACUUUAGCAUUAUUGACUUAAAACAGUAUGGAUGAUAACAGCUGUGAAAUAUUCGCUAUUUUUAUACUCUCCUCUAUACACUGGACUAACAUUUGUAGUUUUAGGGUUUGUUUUUUUUUUUUUGUCUUAAAUGUAUAAUAUCGCCUUGUAUUUGUAGUCAAUCACUGCCAUUGGAUAUUAUGACACGAGUUGUUGUAAUAUCCACGUUUACUCAGCAGGGGGAGGUAUUCAGUUGUGGCAUACCAAACGAGCUGCUCCAUUCGUGUGUGUGCGCUUUAUUACACGAACAUAUACUGUUUAUGUAUAUGUUGAGUAGUUAUAAUUAUUCUUGCGGAUUAUUCCUCGUGAAUCGAUAAUCAUCUGCAUCUAUAAGUGUUUGUAUCUUUACAAUAUGGGUUAUAUAAGGGUUGUACUUUUGUUGUGCAGUUGUAUAUUAAAUUGAUCAACCUUAAGCGGGGUACACGCAUACCGAUUAUUAUUAUUAUUGUUAUUAUAAGACCCCACACGACUAAGAUAGAAAAUCGGCAUAUUAGUGAUCUUUUAAUUUUUGGUGCACCAACUCAAGAUACAGUAACUGAGAGCUCAUCACACACACAACCACGUCCGGUAUCCACUGAAUUUUGAAAAAUAAAUCUUUAUGCCUCCAAUAAAUGCAAGCUGCGACUAUUAACUAUGAAAAUAUACAUAAAUUGUGGCUUUUCUCAGAUUUUUGAUGAUCCAAAUACCAGUCGAAUCUGUUAAUAUUUCAAGAAAGGUAAAAAAAUAAUGAUCAUAUAUACUAUUACGUCGAUCCGCUCAAGCCCAAAAACUAUUUCAUCGACCUCUGAACCUUCUGGAAUAAUUUUGAAGGAGGUGAAGCUCAUGAAAAUGAGCGUGGCUAUUUUGGAAAUUGCACUUGGCCCACUUGUUUCACUUGAUCAGACAUUAAAAGUGCGGAGUAUAAUUAUGGCCUGCACAAAACAGAACUAACCCUUGGUGUAUAUUUGUAUUCAUCUUAAAAAUGGAGGAUAUACUAGCUAGCUUGGGCUAAAUGGAGUUCGCUAACUUUAGUCUCAGUGACUUAUUUAGUCGGUGAAACUGAAAGAAGCUCAGUUAUUUAGCACACAGGAAUUUAGAAUCAUAAAUAUUAAACAGAUUUAACAGUUGACUGUCAGCCUAACCAAUUUCCAAGCAGAUUCACCCGGAAAAUUCAUUUUCACACACCCAAUGUAUUCUGACAAUUAAAAAAAAAAAAAGUGCCUUUUACUGAAUUGGAUUAAAAGGGGAGGAAAAAUGCUCAAAUUUGGCCCGAUUGUCGGUAAGUGUGUACCCCAAAAUGAUCCCCUUAACAUUGCCUAACAGUGUGUAUAAAUUUUAUUUGAACUCUAUGCAAUGUACCUGUCUUUUACACAUAACCAAAAUGUGCCCAAAAUCAAUAAACUUGUAACAACCCCACUAGUAUGAAUUCGUUGUGUGUAGUAACUUUUUUUUUUUUUUUUUUACACCUGGAAGCUGAAAAUAAAUGCGACCAAAGCUGUCAGGAUGCCACAAUAGUGUUUACUGCUAAAAGGUAAAAAUCAACAGCAUUC